GCCGGGCCCGGCAGGCCGUCCCGGGGCGCCGCGCUGCCUGCGGCGGGGCGAUGGAGAGCCUGAUGGUGCUGUUCGGGGACGGCUCGGUGGAGGUGCGCUACGCCGGGGGCUCCCGCUUGCUGCUGUCCCCCUGCGGCUGCGAGUACCUGCACCAAGCGGCGCGGCCCCGCGGCGCGCACCCGCUGCAGCCGGCCCCGAGCAGCCGGCAGCGGGCCGCCUUCGUGCUCAGCGCCCACCGGGAACAGCUGCUCCGAGCUCUAGAUUUCCGGAACAAGUUUUCUUGGCGCCCGUACUUACCUUCCCGUGUUAUACCUCCAGAGAGAAAAAAGGUUAUUUUCAGUGAUAUCUUAGGAGUCAGAUGGCCUGACCCUGCUACAGCUCAUCUGACAAGAUGUAUAGACAAUGGCAGUGUGAAGAUCUCGUCACUAGAUGGUUACGCUCACCUUUGCCUGUCAGAAAUGCAGCAGGAAUUCACAGUGGAGUUCUUAUGCAAAGUCAGCCAGUCAUCUGCAGGAUCCUUAAGCUCCUCUCAAAAGAACACCUGUCAAACUGGAGAUCAGUAUGGAAAAUUAAGUAGAAAUUCUGUUGCAGAAAUGUCGUCAAAAGAAAUGAGAAUAGAGAAUAAGAAGAAUGAACAUGGUUGUGCUGAAGCUAAAUACAGAGAGCCAACAAAACCAAAGGACCCAAAGGACAGAGAUGAAGGCCCUUUGUUCUACUCAAAUUGUUCUUCUGAAUACACAUGGGUUACACAGCGUUGGUCUGUUUCCUCCUACCCAGACGAAUGGAAAUACCCUUUGUCGUUGGCACUAAUGUGCUGUAGCCUACAUACUGCUAAGGAUCUAACGAAGACAUGUGAGAAAAACAGCCAUGCAGCUUCUGUAGAAGCUGAUGUUUUACUAGACUCCGAGCAUAAAACAGUUUCUCAUUUACCUACAGCUUUGCCACUCAGCUGCAGAGCCCCACAUUUACACAGGUGGACUUUCUGUGACUUCUUUCAGAAUCAAGAUACUGAGAAGUAUUCAUGCUCCCAGCUAAUACAAAUUGUAUGGUGCCAGGGUGUUUUUUAUAGAUUUAUCCAUGGUCAGACAAACAUCACAGAAAUUUAUCCCGGAGAUGACACAUUUUUCAAGUCAGAGGGACCAUUUUUGGGAAACUAUUUCAUACAUUAUGCAAUCCAAAAAGGAACAAAAAAGAGGGAAGAAAAGAUGUAUUCGGUGAACAGCCUGCCUCCUGAUGUGCCAGGAAAUCCAUACUCUGUAUCCUCCAUUAUUACUCAGGCAACCAAAAUACUUCAGUACUGUUACAAGACUAAAUUAUCAUUAACUCAUAACUACCAACUCUGCUGCUGGAAAAUGGUACCGGAGACAGAUGGACGAGAAAUGUUGCCAGUUGUGCUGCAUGAAAAGGUUAUUCCCAGCCUAGGGAGACUCAUUGUGUACUCGGAUCAUAAAGUCCUUGUUGUUUUUUGGGAUGGGACAACCUUGAAUAUGGUCUGGGAUUUCAACUCCUCCUGCAGUGAGAUCCAGGUAAAUGAAGAUGUAGGUUGGUGUAAGUUGACUACUCCUGAUGGUGUACAGCAGCUAAUACAAAUAAGUCAUCCUGGAAUCUAUGAGAGGUACAUCAGAACAGCAAUAGAAUGGUGCAGAAGUUUGAAUGAAAGGAAGGCGAUUACUGAAUAUACUGCACCCUCUCUAACCGAAGAGAAAUGGUCUGCUGAAACUGAGCUCAAAAAAAUACAGAGAUUUAACUUUUUAUUGGAUAAUAGCAAUGUUCUGGAGAGGACAUCAGCUACAAAAACGAAUCCAUCCGGUGAUGCUGCUAGAAAAACAGAAAACAGGAGUGGGCCAGAAGAAAUCAGUGAAGGGUACGUCUUGGAGGCUUUGGAAAAAACUUCUAAAGUGAUUCAGGAUAUUGAGUCUCUGCUUGCAGUUUCUGGGAAGUGAAGCCUCAUAGCACGUGAAGACCGUGUGUUCUGUGUCUCCCUGGGAGCUACCCCGGCUAUGUCUUGAGGAGGGCUGAGGUGCAAGGGAGGUGAAAGUUGAAAGGCAGUGGUGAGUUGCCAUUGUCAGCUGCUAGCUAAUACUGCAGCUGCAUAUUGUGGCGAGGCAAAAUCAACAGGUGAGGCAACAGAACACAGCUGUAUAAAUACCUCGGGACUGGCUGGACAGUGCUGCUUUUAAAUGGAUGAAUGUCUGCUUGAACGGUCUAGUUUUGUAGAGGAUUGUGCAAGGCAGCCACGUCCCCUGCCCCAGGGGCGACGGGAGGGGCAAGCAGGUUUCUUGAACUCUGAAAACGUGCUUUUAUUCAGCAGCUUACGCUGGGUAGUCCGGUAUUGAAUAAAAAGUCUACCAAAAAAGCU